AAGCUGGCUACACACGGGGAGACCUCUCUGGGCAUACGAGCCAAAUGUUUGUUGUUUCUGGUGUUUCUUCAAACAACGUAGUGCAAAAUCUUGAACAUGACUACACACACACCAAGUUACAUCGCAAAACAUACGAGGAUCUGAGAAAUAUUACAUAGAUUUACCUUAAUUCAUCGAUGAACGCGUUUUUCAUUUACCAUCCCACCUCACAACCCUCUGUUCGCCAUCUUGCCACUGCAGGCUAUUUCCCUGGGAAGCCUACCCCCUGGCCCAAAUUUAAAUAAAAGCCAACUGAAAGGGGGAGAGGAGAAAAAGGCUUGCCUCUGCCUCAGAAAUGCCAGACCAUCCGCCGAUGAGCAGAAGUGCCCUGAACAACCAGGAUACAAACCGGAUCAAUUGACCAGAAUCCACAAAGAUUACAAACGCCUCCGACACAGGGAACUUGAUGAAAUCCGCAAGUCUGGAAUGAAAAAUUUCCGUAACAUUCAAGUGGAUGAAACAAAUAUUUUGACUUGGCAAGGCCUCAUUGUUCCAGACAACCCUCCAUACGAUAAAGGUGCGUUCAGGAUCGAGAUAAUCUUCCCUGCGGAGUACCCCUUCAAGCCCCCCAAGAUCACGUUCAAGACGAAGAUCUACCACCCCAACAUCGACGAGAAGGGACAGGUGUGUCUGCCUGUGAUCAGCGCAGAGAAUUGGAAACCAGCCACUAAAACUGACCAAGUGAUCCAGUCCCUGAUCGCGCUGGUCAACGACCCCCAGCCAGAGCAUCCUCUCAGGGCAGACCUAGCAGAGGAAUACUCUAAGGACCGUAAAAAAUUCUUUAAGAACGCAGAAGAGUUUACAAAGAAACAUGGAGAAAAACGACCUAUGGACUGAGAACGCAAACGUGUGACUCCCUCUAACCUUUCUUCCAUCCCCCCGGGACCCUCUCUCAACUCCUCUCUCUCCCCCCUUCCAAGACCACCUAUACCCCCUUUGUUCUUACCCCAUCUCCUGAAAAUGGCCCUCACACACGUACACAUCCUUCUAGCCCCCCUCCUCCUCCUGGGGUGGUAUAUCUCGGCUCCACUUUGCCCUGGCAACAGGACUUUGUCGUGAAUCAGGCUCGUCGGUCACCUCUGGGUGUUAGCUUGUGGCUGUUACUAACUUUCUACUGAUUUCUUAAAUUAAAUUAUAAAAGUGACGGAUUUGGGCCAGAGAGAGCAACCUGUAACAGGGAGAGGAAACAAAUAUGUGGAUAAAAUGUUGUUCUGCUCAUGAUUUGUUCACAGAAGUGUAUUGAUUGCUGGAGCAGACCUGUAUAAAGAUUGUCGACUGUUUUGAAAGCUAUUUGCUAAAUGCUCAACUUGUGGUCUGUUUGCUAACCCUUUUCCUCUCACUCCUUCCCCUCACUAAAAUAUGUAACAUAAAAAAACUACCCCAAAAGCAACUAAAUGAUAAACAUUUAAAGCAUCCAGGUUCAGGAGGUGUGUGACAAAAUGUUUAUUUUAUAUUUCUUUUUAUUGUUUUGCUUAAGUUGCACUUUGCUCUGUGGAACUAGCUUUUAAGUUCACCAUAAAACUUCAGUUUGUCACCAAUAUGAUGUUCCAGAUGUUAUAAAAAGGAGAAGAAAAAAAUGUGUGUGAACCUUAAUUGAGAAAUUAUCAUGAAAUGUUUUGUAAAGCAGAUAUAUGACACUUCCUGUAAAGGUCUGACCAUGUGACAGGAAAGUACCCCUCUUUACACCUUUGCCCACUUGCCUUUUCCAAGAAGGGAAUUGGACUAUCACAUCUUGUUCCCAUGGAAACUGCUUAUCAUUCUUCCUCUGUGACUGGGGGGAUGGCAAAACGUUUUCUGGGUAUUGAAGUGUUCAGCCCUAGAAAGGCACUGCACAAAUUCACUAAUCUUGUACACAUAUUUGUCAUACAAAGUGAUUUGUGAAUCAGAUGAUUAAAUUGCAGAAGUUUAGUCAUUUACAAAUGUGUUUAGUCAUUCCACCUGACCAGUACUAGGAGAAGAACAGCUGCCAUUGGGGAAUAAUAAUGGCAUUGGACCAGAACAUUUGAUUAUUUUAGUAAUAUAUGUAAAUGAAAGUUAGCCAGUAACCACCUAGAGGCAGGAGGCAGUUUCCCAUCCAGUCCACAGGUAUCUGUAAACACUGAAGGGUUAGGAUCAAUGAUGUGAUGAAUUGGUUGACUGCCAAUGAGAUGCGUGCAAGGUACUGAAGAGACCAGUAUAUGUCAGUAACACUUUUUCACCACUAGAGGACGAUACUUUACAAGAGAAAUGGAGCUCCUUA